UUUCUAACUGAGAUCUCACUCUCCUCAAAGUAAGCGGAUAGAGAAAAUGGAUAAGUUACACAAGAUGCUGGAUUUCUGCAUCCGCCACCAGACCGUUCUGGGUUACAGCAUCGUGUCCCUGCUGACGGCUGCCAGCGAGCACAUCUUCUCAUCUGUGGUGUUCAAGUGUCCCUGCAAUUCUAAAAACAUGCUGUACGGCUCCGUCUUCCUCAUAGUGCCUGCCUUCAUCCUCUUUCUGCUUGGCUACAUGGUGAACGCCAGGACGUGGCGCCUGCUGACAGGCAGCUGCCCCCCGGAGAAGCGCUGCAGCUGCAGCCCCUGGGGAGUCUGCGCCCGCUACUGCCUUGUCCUGGUGCCAGUGACAGCCAGAGCCUCGGUGGCCCCCCUCACCUGGAUCGCUGUGGCCCUGCUCAGAGCCAGCUUCUACGAGUGCGCGGCCAGCGGGAGCAGCCUGAUAAAGAACCUUGUGUGUAAAGAUAAAGGACUGGAGUGCCACAAACUGAUGGUCAAGUUACCCUGCGAUGAGAAGUUAUCGGAGAAGAUAUCGAGUGAAUUCCUCGCCCUUCAGGCACAGUCCCAGCUGAUAGGAUGGUUCCUGAUAGCCAGCAUCAUGACUGUGGCACUGAUUUCAACAUGUAUCAACCGCUGUUGCUCCCCGGUUAGCUAUCUUCAGCUCAAGUUCUGGAAAAUUUACUUGAAAAAGGAACAGGAGCUCUUUGAGAUCAAGGCUAAAGAGCAUGCAGCCAGGCUGGCAGAGAUAAAUAUGAAUUGCUUUUUUGAAGCCACUGACCCAGCACCGUUUCAGACUCCCAGCAAUGAAGACUGGCGGAAGAUUUCAUUCUUGUAUACCUUCAAUUCGCAAGAGCAGUAUUACAGCAUGAUACACAAGUACAUUAGUACAAACAGAGGCAACAGCGUCAGAUUCGGGCAAGGAGAUCAGAAUCCCCCUGGUUUAGGAUUUGUGGAUGAAGCAAAUGCAAGCGAAUCAGGAUUUUAAUGAAACAAAUCCUUUGCAACACCUGCAGUAUUUUAACCCUGCUGAUAUAGGAAGAGUCUUAUUCUGUGCUCUUACUGAAAUCUA